CGUCACAAUAAAAUUGUUGUAGAUAUAUAAAUAAUUGUUGUUUCGCGGCAAAAAAAAAAAGAGAAGAAAAAAGAGUGAAAAGCCCAAUAGCAAACUUUGAACGCUAGCGCGUCGACAUCAAAUUCGAACAAUUUGGCCGAAAUAAUAAAGCAACAUGGUUAAGCUAGGAAAAAAAAAGCUGGCCGAAGAACUAAGCAAAAAGAAACCGGAUAGAGGCAGCGAAGAGAAAAACUCGAAAAAUGGCGAUGACGGCGCUAAGACAGAUCUGUCUAAGGAAAAGGAUGUGGACUCCAAAAUUGAGACGGGCUCUUCCAAAAGUGAUAGUUCAUCACUGAAGCGUUCCGCUGAGAGCAAGGGCAAGCAGCGCAAAUCUUCCAUUGCUAAUCGUGGUCACUCGGCCUCCAAGUCCGACUCGGGAAAGGAGCAAGAAGACCAUCAAGACGAUGGUGACGACGCAAGUGACUACCUACCAUUAAAUGGUAGAAAAGGUUCCAGUUCCAUUGAGUCUUCCAGAGACCCCCCACCGUCAAAAAAGCCCCGUAAACAGGCCAAGCCAAAAGCCACAUCCAGUAAGGUGGCAACGGCAACUGUUGGCAAAGGUGCUUCUAAUAAUGCCAACAAUAAAAAAAAGAAGUCCCGCGCAGUAGCUACUGAUGACGAGGAUUCCCUUUCAAGUUCUGAUGUAGCCGAUGGGGGAGAAGAACCGGAAGCAGAAGAUGAAAAGGAAUUUGAGGUGGAAGCCAUUGUUGGUCAUAAGACGAUAAAAUGCGUCUCGUACUUCUUAGUCCGCUGGAAGGGCUAUACCAAAGACUCGGAUAGUUGGGAGCCGGAGGACGAUUUACAUUGCGAUGUCUUGAUUGCUGAAUUCCGCAAAAAGGAAAAGAUUUCCGGUAAAGCUGGCAAGCCCAAAAAAUCAAUCUUGGCUUCUGCCACGGGUGGCUCUGCCAGUGGCAACAGUCGAGGACGUCUCGUUGGCAACGCCAAGAAUAAGGGUAACAAAAAGAUACCCACUGAUCCCGAAAAAGAAUGGGCAGUCGAGCGUAUUAUCGACUUUGUCGAUGAUGAUGAACAGGGUCCAUUAUAUCGAAUCCGCUGGAAAGGUUUUGGGGCGAAGGAGGACACCUGGGAGCCGGAAUCAAAUCUCUCCUGUGAGGGCUUAAUAGAGAAAUUUAAGAAGAGUCUUGUAAACGAACGCAACGUCGACGCUAAAGAACUGCGAGAGUCACCGAAAAAAACCAAAAGAUUGGUAAAUGAAACCAUCCCACGGUCUAAUCUUCACAACCGUAUUGAACGUUCCUCGAAACGGGCCGCUGCUAAAAAUCGCGUCUUCUACGGGGAAGAAUAAUUGAUGCCCGCGCAAAUACGCAAAUUGACGACUGGAUGAUUCAAGGACGAUGCUUUUGAACGAAAAAGAGAAACAAAACACUUAACA